GGGACCGAAAUUAAAAAAAAAGGACUUAGACAGAAGCAAUCUACCGACCGCACUCUGUCCGACGUUUCCCCGGUGCGGCUAAGAAACAGAAAUGCGGAGGAUCGAUUCAGUGUACGGACGAGUUGAGAUUCUUAAGAGAGUACUCGAAAAACCUACGAAGCAAUCUCACGCAUUCUCGGCCUCUCGUUCCUUCUCUACAGAAGGUGCUUAUGGCGGUGGCGGUGAGUCUCAGCAGAACAGCUCAAGGGUCAAGAUCUUCGAUCGAGAUCUCAAGCGCGUACAUCGUGACCGAGCGGCGUGGCUGUCUCGCAAUAAAAACGACACCUUUGUCGACGCUGUUGCUGAGAAUCUUCUUGACCGCUUAGAGGAUUGUAAGAAGAGUUUUCCCUCUGCGUUGUGUUUGGGAGGAUCUCUUGGUGCUGUUCAGCGUCUACUACGUGCUCGUGGCGGGAUUGAAAAGCUUAUCAUGAUGGAUACCUCACAUGACAUGAUUAAAUCAUGCAGAGAUGCUCAAGAUGAUAACUCUAUCGAGACAUCUUACUUGGUUGGUGAUGAAGAGUUUCUCCCUAUCAAAGAGAGUUCGGUGGAUUUGAUCAUAAGUUCCUUGGGGCUUCAUUGGACAAACGAUCUUCCAGGUUCCAUGAUACAGUGCAAACUGGCCCUGAAGCCUGAUGGCUUAUUUUUAGCAGCGAUUCUUGGUGGAGAAACUUUAAAGGAACUGAGAAUAGCAUGCACUUUGGCUCACAUGGAGCGUGAAGGAGGCAUUAGUCCCCGGCUAUCUCCUUUGGCCCAGGUUAGGGACGCAGGGAAUCUCUUGACCAGGGCUGGUUUUAGUCUCCCUGGCGUUGACGUUGACGAAUAUGUAGUUAAAUACAAGAGUGCGCUGGAUCUUAUAGAGCAUCUUCGUGCAAUGGGUGAAACCAAUGCUCUUCUCCAGAGAAACAAGAUACUGAACCGUGAAACUGCUCUUGCCACGGCAGCCAUAUAUGACUCCAUGUUCGCCACAGAGGACGGCACUAUACCUGCUACGUUUCAGGUGAUUUACAUGACGGGAUGGAAAGAACACUCGUCUCACCCUCAGGCCAAGCGGAGAGGUUCAGCCACCGUCUCCUUCACGGAUAUCCACAAGCAAUUCGGUGGUCAAUCUUGAUGUGUGGAUCAAAGUAGAGGCACGUUCACGUUCAAUAAACGGAGACCUUACAAAAGAGACUCCAAGAGUCAGUGACUGAACUUUAGGGUAUGACUGUGUGCACCCCUGUGAGGUCCUCUAGUAAAAGCAUUUGAGCAUUGCGCUCUAUAAAACAUUGGUCUUGCUCUCCAAUUUUUUUUUAAUUAAAUUCUUUAAAAAGUAUUUCUAGCCCUCAAAAUUUCUGAUCCAACCUUGUAUUUGAGCAGAUAUAAUGUAUGUUUGAAAAAACCUUCUCAUGAAA